CAGUAUACUCGUAUAUAUAAAUUAUUGCAAUUGGCCGUAGAAGAGUUGCCGCAGACGAACCCCAGCAACUCCAGGAAGCAGACGACUUAGCAGAAUGAAUGUUGAAGUUAGACGGUCAUGUCUAAUUAUUGCAUUAGAAGAGCUCAGAUCAUUACUAGAAGAUGAUGAACAAAAGAAGACUAGGAUACCAAUGAGAGUAGGUGGAGAAACAGGAGGUGAAUAUAUACAUAGAAUGUUGAAUGGUCAUCCUGGAUUGUGUAAAGAGCAAUUAAGGUUGACGAGAGAAAUGUUCAUCCACCUUGUGAAUAUUAUGGUUGAAAGAAAUUUAUUGAAAGACAGCAGAUUCAUUCAUGUGGCAGAGCAAAUUGGAAUUGGUCUCUAUAUAUUGGCCAAGGGAGCUUCUUACACAGAUGCAGCUGAUGUUUUUAAGCAUUCUUUGAGAACCAUAUGCAAAUAUUUUAAUCUAGUAUUGCAUGCCUUGGUUGAGUUAUCUUUUGACAUAAUUCGACCACAUCACAAUUUGUUGGACGUCCACACCAUAGUUUUCAACAGUUCCUUAUAUUGGCCGUAUUUCAAGGAUUCAGUUGGAGCAUUAGAUGGUACUCACAUAGAAGCAGUUAUAUCAGAUGCAAAGGGGGUGCCGUUUCGAGGACGCAGAGGAAGCAAAACCUGGAAUGUCUUAGCAUGUUGUUCAUUUGAUAAACUAUUCACGUUUGUCAAUAUUGGCUGGGAAGGAAGCGCUCAUGACGUAAGAGUGUGGGUUGAUUCCUUAAUGCAAUCAAAAUAUCAUUUUCCUCAUCCCCCACCAGGUAAAUAUUACUUAGUAGAUUCAGGAUAUCCAAACACACUUGGAUAUUUAGCUCCAUUUGAUGAUGCGGGAAUGAGGAAACACGUGCCAGAAUUUCGUGGCGGUGGUAAACCAAGAGGAGUAAUGGAACAUUUUAAUUAUCGCCACUCAUCCCUGAGAACUACCAUUGAAAGAGCAUUUUCGCAUCUGAAGAAAAGGUGGAAGAUACUUCACAAUAUGCCCAAAAUGAAAGAAGAGCAUCAACAAGCAAUUAUUUUCUCUACUUUUACACUUCAUAAUUUUAUCAGCAUGUGCAAAAUGGGAAUCCCAAUUUAUGAACAUGAAGGGAAUGGAGAAGGCAUGGUUGAUUCAAAUAUGUUCAACAAUGGGCGAAAAGAAGCUAUGAACAAUGUUCGCGUGGAAAUUGCGAAACAAAUUUGGGAAGACGUUCAGAAACCCAGAGCAACGCAUGCAUGAUGAUAUUUAUUAUUUUAUAGUACUUUUUUUUGUUCUAAAAAGAUUUAUAGUUUACCC